AAGAACAAAACCAAGCUGGCCGGUUCCGUUACUGAUGUGUCGCUCCGUAAGUGUGUUGUUUUUCCUGCUCCUGUGCGUGUUCGCCCAAUUGGAGCAAGCAGUGUGUGCGGAUGAUCCGAACGCUGCAAAAAAGGUCUGUGGAUUGCCACUGAUCCAGAUGCAGGGCACCAUCAAAGGGUGGAUAGCAGCGUUCGAGAAAUGUCCCCUCAACAAAGCGUGCGAAAUCAAAGAUCACAAAACACAGUACGAGCAGAUACGUUUGCGAUGUACGAUAGCAUUAAAAUCCAAACCGGAAGCAGAGGUGACAUCUGGUGCUUCUCGGGUAAAGGAGUUGCUGCCCAAAAUCGAAACGGCCAUGAAUGAUCUGAAAGCCAUGUUCGAACCAACCAAGGCAGAUCUUGCAAAGUUGGACAAGCUGUUCGAUCAGCAGGUGCGCGCCGCAUGGCAGGAAGUGGCUGCUUUGCAGUCGGAAGUUUUCCGCAGUACCCUCGCGUCGGGCCGCACCGAACGGGCCGUACUGUACAGCUUCCUGGAAAUGGGCAGCAAUCCACAGCUGGACGGUCGCUUCCAGCCGUCCAACGUGCAAGAAUUACUCAAGUACGCUUGGGCACUGCCUAUGAAAACUUUGCAGCGAACUGUGUACAGCUCGAUCGAGAAACUGGUGCACGCGUCUAACGACCCUCUGCUCCAAACGCUCUACACGGUCGAUGUGAGCAAUGUGGAUAACGACGCCGUGCUGGGAAGUCAAGAGAAUCUGCUCAAUGACCAUGUACAGCAGCUAAGAAACAGUCUGGCCACAAAUUCCUUCGAUACGCUCGUUUCGAUCGCAAGACGUUUCCCGGAGCGGUUCGCCUACAUGAAUGAGCGGUUGUUCAAGCUGCCGGACGGAACCAAACCCCAAGCGGACACACUGCCCAGCGUGGUCAACUUUGUCGGACAGCUUCCCACUGCCGAGCAGCGGUUCAAAGCGGUUGGUGCGCUGCUGCAGUCACUUACGGUCGAAAACGGUACGCUCGUCGCGGACGCCGAGUACGUGUAUCCGCUCGCGAAACUUGCCUACGCUAUGCAACCCCUUGUGGACACCGCCAAAAACUCCUCGGACGCGGCUAACCUGCGGGACAGAUUUAACACCCCCGUCAGUGGAAAUUCCGUGCAGUACUACACGCAGCUACUUCCCCACCCGUCCGCUACGGUAGCCGCCUAGUCCUAGUCGUUCAAUAAAGCUACUUCCAACUACGGGGUUCCGUUUCAUCGCAUUCACCGCAAGCACCGCGAUCACCAAUCAUCUCGUCAUGUGUCCCACCCUAAAGGGAGUCUUCCAAGAACGGGUAGCAUUAAGGGCAACCC